GUUUACUUGCCGUUGCCGUAGUAAAAGAAUUAAUUAACGAUUUAAUUUGAAAGUUGAACAUUUGCGGGAAAAUAUUUCUGUUUUAAGUAAAACGUUUAAUACAAUUUUGCAUUCAUAAUAUUUUUUGCGGCCAGAAAACCGAAACCAUAGUAGGUUAUUUCGGUUUGGUCAUUGGCGGUGUUUGUUUAUGAUAAGAUAUUAUGUACGGCACAUUAAAAAUGAAUUGGUUAACUCAACGGGUGGUGAAGUCCGUUGGACCUUUAUUGCAAAACAGCCUGCACAUAACCUCAACACAGUGUAAUAAUCAAAACACUGAAAAAACAAUAAACCAAGUUACUUUGCUGGGAAGAGUUGGAUCAGACCCACAAAAAAGGGGAAAUGAAGAGCAUCCAGUUGUGAACUUUCCAUUGGCAACUCACUUUAGCUAUAAGUAUGAAUCAGGAGAUAUACUUCAGAGAACAGAUUGGCACAGAGUAAGUGUAUUCAGACCAGGUCUCCGAGACACUGUCUAUAAAUUCCUUAAGAAGGGCCAAAGAGUCUAUGUAACUGGUAAACUGUCAUAUGGAGAGGUUAAGCUCGAUGAUGGACAAGUAAGAACAGCCUCUACAGUGAUAGCAGAUGACAUUAUUUUCUUCCAAAGUCAGCCUGAUAAUACCAGUAAGUGAUUUUUGUAUUAGAGUAUUAAGUAUACUAUAAUGUAAAUAAAAAAUGUAAAGUUGAUUAA